CAAAAAGACCACUCCCAACACUAUAACAGGGAUAAAGCUGAUGCUACCAAAAAUCUGCCUUGAAACGAGCCCAAAACACUUUUCCCUUGGAUUACUGAGUGUUGCAGAUUAUCAAGAAAAGCCUAACACUCAGCCAGACUCGUAGGGAAGGAGUUUGAGCGAGUGUUAGAUCAAACAGGAGUCAGUUUAUCUCUGCAAGGCAGUGAGUCGUCUUCUUUCACUUAGCAGCACCAUUAUUCGACAGAUAUUACAACAUGAGUGAGCUAGAACAACUUCGACAAGAAGCAGAAGCUUUGAAAUGUCAGAUYCGGGAUGCAAGAAAGAUUGCUGCAGACACAACUCUCCUCCAAGUAACCUCAACAGUCGAACCAGUAGGAAGAAUACAAAUGCGAACACGUAGAACGCUGCGCGGCCAUCUUGCCAAGAUAUAUGCCAUGCACUGGGCAUCUGAUUCAAGAAACUUAGUAAGUGCUUCCCAGGAUGGAAAACUUAUUGUUUGGGACUCAUACACUACAAAUAAGGUUCAUGCCAUUCCUCUUCGUUCAAGUUGGGUUAUGACAUGCGCAUAUGCUCCAUCAGGAAGCUACGUUGCUUGUGGUGGUCUGGAUAACAUUUGCUCCAUCUAUAGUCUGAAAACAAGAGAAGGAAACGUCCGUGUAAGCAGAGAACUCCCAGGGCAUACAGGUUAUCUUUCAUGUUGUCGCUUCCUUGACGAUACUAGAAUCAUCACCAGUUCUGGAGACAUGACAUGUGCAUUGUGGGAUAUAGAAACUGGCCAACAAACAACAACGUUUACAGGACACACUGGRGAUGUUAUGAGUCUUUCUUUGUCUCCUGAUUCAAAAACCUUUAUAUCUGGUGCAUGUGAUGCAUCUGCUAAAUUGUGGGAUAUUAACGAUGGUAUGUGUAAACAAACCUUCACUGGUCACGAGUCUGACAUUAAUGCUGUCGCAUUUUUCCCUAAUUCUUUUGCCUUUGGCACUGGCUCAGAUGAUGCCACUUGUAGAUUGUUCGAUAUCAGAGCUGACCAAGAAUUGACCAUGUAUUCACAUGAUAACAUCAUAUGUGGUAUAACCUCCGUAGCAUUUUCAAAGAGUGGCCGACUCCUCUUGGCAGGCUACGAUGACUUCAACUGCAAUGUGUGGGACACCCUGAAGGGUGAGCGUGCAGGAGUGCUUGCUGGUCACGAUAACAGGGUUAGCUGUUUGGGCGUGACAGAUGAUGGUAUGGCCGUCGCCACUGGCAGUUGGGACAGCUUCCUGAAGAUAUGGAAUUAGAUAUUAAGAAACUGGGAGAUGUCGUUAGUGUUUAUAUUUUAUAUAUUGUAAGUCAGUUACCAUCAGUUGGGCAGUGUGCCAAGGCUGGUCUUAUUGCAAUGAAAAUUUGACCCUGAUCAUCCCACAAUGCAUUGCAAGAGGAAAAUCUAUCACUCUUUUUUGAUUUUGGUAUGAAGGGUGACAAAGAGUUGUUAAGAUUAGCCACAAAUGGGUUAAAAAGGAAACUUCAAUGUAAAAAAACCGCUCUCACUAAAAUCCCUUUUAAAUUAUCAUAUCAAAGUCAACAAGAUCUUAAUUAUAAGCUUAUUCCCUGAUUUCUUUGCAAAAAAAACUUAGGGUGACAACCUAACACAUAGUUCCUAUAUUGGUUCCAUAUUCAUAAAUUGAUUUCUGUAAGAUGUCUGUAAGAAAAAUCCCCCAAAUUGUGGGAUCUAGAUGUUUAUUGGCUAAAAGGUUCUCUUGACAACCAAAUUAAUUAAUGUAAAAGAAAAAAUAGCAAAGAAGAGAUCAUUAGUAUAGCUGUAAUGUCCACAUUUUACAAAAUGGUUUCAAUGCCAUUCCUCUCUGAAUUAUCCUUGAAACUUAACAUUCAGGUGAACAAAGCUUGGAUUGAGUUUUCUAGGUUUUAAUAAUUUAAGAUUUCUUCGGUAAGUCGUCAUUGGACAAAAAUAUAUACCUUUAGAAAAUUAGUCUUCUCCAAACCAGACUCAUGGACGACUUACUGAAGCAAUGCAAGCAGAUUCCGAUGCGAGGAAUUGGCAAAGAAAUCAUUGAUGCCACAGGAAUCACUAAAUUCCCACGUGCUUUGUGUGUGUUUGUGUUGUUUCUUCAGACACGUUUGAAAAGAUUCUGUGAAUGCUUUGUCAGAAAAGGUUAUCAUGCUGCUGGUUUGUAAAUUCUUUGUUACUUUUUAGAGCAGUUGAUUGAGAUAUAAAAGCAAAUUUAAUAACAAUUUCCUGACAUAGGAUCAAAUUUGUCUGGUUUUAAAUACAUGUAUGUUGCUCUUGAGAAAAAGUCGUUUAUUCUAAGCGUAACUAUUCUUGACUUUCACAUGACGUCAUCAGUCGAAAAAAAAAUCUAAAAUCACAGACACACAACAUUGUGGUACUGAAAUAUCUUUAAGAGUAUGAUAGAAGUUCRCUCUGAAUGUUUAAACUUUUUUUGCUGUUUAUUCGUUGAGUUAUUAGCGUUCAAAAAUAUGUUACGUAAUACUGCCACGCGACUUGAUACACGCCAAAAAUACUCGAAAAGCCUAUGAAUCUUAAAACAAUUACAGUUUCAGCAUCAAUUUAAAUGUUUACAAUGAUAUUGUUGUAAAGUUAAAGCAAAAUCAUCAGUUUUGAGCUCAAUUCGAUACUCGGAGUUACGGUCCGCCAUUUUGAAGCCCCUGACGGGGACACAAUCAUGGCGGCCCCAUACAUUUCUUUGUAAAGUAAGACCGUAUUCAAACGCUUAUAAUUUUGCUAGGAAAUCACAGUUUUGAUUCAAACUUUGCAUWACUGUUGGGAGUUAUAUACGUUUUUGAUCCUUGAACUUAAAAAAUUAAUUUGAAUCUUAAAACAAAGCUUUUUGUAGGCAUUUCUUGAUCAGUCCAAAACGCAUUGAGCCGAGCUAAUCCCAUACAUUCUUACCAAUUUUCGAUCGCUCGUAUUUCUGUUAAAAUUUAUUAUUUCGGCUCUAAAUUUCGUCAUGAUCCUUAAAUUAAGAUGUUCUCUCGAGAACAUUAAUAAAAGUUUGCUAAUUUUGCCUCUAAAUAGCUUUUUUAGACUAUCACGUGAUCAGUGAAAGUCAAUAAUUUGAUGACUGCUUUUGGGAAUAUCGAAACUGACGGGCGUUGCCAUUUUCUUCAUAAAGUUGCUUUCCAACUCAGAAUUUUUUCCCAGAAGAGUAAUUCUACCAUCUAGGUAAGCUCAAUGCAAGUAUGGGGUCCCUUAGUUUUGACUUAAGUGUUUGCCAGGCAAAGACACAAAGCAAAAAGCUUAUAGRCAUCCCUAGAGAGUUCGARCAACAAGACUAUCCUUCACAACCUUCAAUUCACCUUUAAARCAGAAUUCCCUCAAGAAAUUCGUAAUAAAAGGGYUAACAAACAGCUUCAAAACAUCCUAGUUARUGCUGUUUAGCYAAAAGUUCAAACUUUUAAGGUAAAAAURUGCAUAAUGAACUUUGGUGAAUGAAUACAAAGCUUUUCUGACAGAAUUCUGAGCAUGCGCAGUUGUCUUUUCRACCGUGUUGUGUCUUCAUUCUUUGUACUCAUAAUCGAUGUACAUGUGAUAAUGAAAGGCUCACUACUGUAUGUAUAAAUUGUGCUGAUGAUGAUAAAUGAAUUAUUAGUCUUAGGUUUAUAUUCGUUGUCGUACUUGCGUCGUAUUGACAGAAUAAUACGUGUCGUUUAUCGACUUUAUAUUAUUUGUGAAAGAUGAGAAUAAAGAUGAUGCGUUCCAUGUACCA